UUCACAUCGGCCUGGAGCACGGUAAAAGACUGGGAAUUAGGGUAGGAGGACGGCCACCUCACCACAACCCAGAUCGCGGAAAUACCAUACGAUUCCUACGGGGAACUGACUGCCGCCAUUCCCAUCCCCCACUCUGGCGGUCUCUUUCGACGCCAGGACGACUUAGGAGACGAUGAUGUUGGGCACCGAAGGCGGAGAGGGAUUCGUGGUGAAGGUCCGGGGCUUGCCCUGGUCUUGCUCGGCCGAUGAAGUGCAGCGUUUUUUUUCUGACUGCAAAAUUCAAAAUGGGGCCCAAGGUAUUCGUUUCAUCUACACCAGAGAAGGCAGACCGAGUGGCGAGGCAUUUGUUGAACUUGAAUCAGAAGAUGAAGUCAAAUUGGCCCUGAAAAAAGACAGAGAAACUAUGGGACACAGAUAUGUUGAAGUAUUCAAGUCAAACAACGUUGAAAUGGAUUGGGUGUUGAAGCAUACUGGUCCAAAUAGUCCUGACACGGCCAAUGAUGGCUUUGUACGGCUUAGAGGACUCCCCUUUGGAUGUAGCAAGGAAGAAAUUGUUCAGUUCUUCUCAGGGUUGGAAAUCGUGCCAAAUGGGAUAACAUUGCCGGUGGACUUCCAGGGGAGGAGUACGGGGGAGGCCUUCGUGCAGUUUGCUUCACAGGAAAUAGCUGAAAAGGCUCUAAAGAAACACAAGGAAAGAAUAGGGCACAGGUAUAUCGAAAUCUUUAAGAGCAGUCGAGCUGAAGUUAGAACUCACUAUGAUCCACCACGAAAGCUUAUGGCUAUGCAGCGGCCAGGUCCCUAUGAUAGACCUGGGGCUGGCAGAGGGUAUAACAGCAUUGGCAGAGGAGCUGGCUUUGAGAGGAUGAGGCGUGGUGCUUAUGGUGGAGGUUAUGGAGGCUAUGAUGAUUAUAAUGGCUAUAAUGAUGGCUAUGGAUUUGGGUCAGAUAGAUUUGGAAGAGACCUCAAUUAUUGUUUUUCAGGAAUGUCUGAUCACAGAUAUGGGGAUGGUGGCUCUACUUUCCAGAGCACAACAGGACACUGUGUACACAUGCGGGGAUUACCUUACAGAGCUACUGAGAAUGACAUUUAUAAUUUUUUUUCACCACUCAACCCUGUGAGAGUACACAUUGAAAUUGGUCCUGAUGGCAGAGUAACUGGUGAAGCAGAUGUUGAGUUUGCGACCCAUGAAGAUGCUGUGGCAGCUAUGUCAAAAGACAAAGCAAAUAUGCAACACAGAUAUGUAGAACUCUUCUUGAAUUCUACAGCAGGAGCAAGCGGUGGUGCUUACGGUAGCCAAAUGCUAGGAGGCAUGGGUUUGUCAAACCAAUCCAGUUAUGGUGGCCCAGCCAGUCAGCAGCUGAGUGGUGGUUAUGGAGGUGGCUAUGGUGGCCAGAGCAGCAUGAGCGGAUAUGGUAACCAAGGAGCAGUGAACAGCAGCUACUACAGUAGUGGAAGCCGUGCAUCUAUGGGCGUGAACGGAAUGGGAGGGAUGUCUAGCAUGUCCAGUAUGAGUGGUGGAUGGGGAAUGUAAUUGAUCCUGAUCACUGACUCUUGGUCAACUUUUUUUUUUAAGGAAAAAACUUCAGUUUAACAGUUUUUGCAAUACAAGCUUGUGAUUUAUGCUUACUUCUAAGUGAAAAAUCAGGAUUGUUUUAGACUUAAGGUCCAGUAUUUUUGAACACAACUCAUCUAGGAUGUAACAACGAAGUUGAAACUAUAACUGUUAAACAAUUUUCAGCUUUUCUCAAGUUAGUUAUAUUGUAGGACGUACUUAAGCAGUAAGUGUAUUUAGGUUAAAGCAGUUGAAUUAUGUUAAAUGUUGCUCUUAUACCAUUAUUACAUUGAACACUGUUUGGAUGCAUGUUGAAAGACAUGCUUUUUUGUAAAACUCACUAUAGGAGCUGUGUCUACAAUUAAAAGUGAAACAUUUGGCAUGUUUGUUAAUUGUAGUUUCAUUUAAUAACCUGUAAGGCACGUAAAUUUAAGCUUUUUUUUAAGUUAAUAGGGAAAAUUUGAGACGCAAUACCAGUACUUUAGGACUUUGGUCUUGGUGUUUGUAUGAAAUUCUGAGGCCUUGAUUUAAAUCUUUCAUUGUAUUGUGGUUUCUUUUUAGGUGUAUUGCGCUAAGUGAAACUUGUCAAAUAAAUCUUCCUUUUAAAAACUG